AUAGGUUAACAUCCAUUUCAACGUUCUAAACUCCCGCAGAUAUUUGCUGAAUUCUUUCCGUGGCCUUCGGAGGAAACAGGUUCGAGAUUGUACAUCAACAUUUCAUACAAAACUUUCCUUAUUUAGUAAAACACAAAGAGUUAUGUCUUCCAACGAAGAGGUAACAAUCCCUUUGAAAUAUUGGGUGGACGAUGACAAAAAGCGUGUAAUUGUGGCAGAAGCAAGUGGGGAGUUGGUAGAUGUUCUCUUCAGUUUCCUCACCCUUCCAUUGGGAACUAUCAUCCGUCUUUUGGAAUCCUUGGACCAUGUAGAGCAUGACAACACCUCUGAACAAGAAGGAACUUGUUGCAUCAAUAAGUUGUGCAAGAGUUUUAAGGAUACGUUGGGGCUUCGCAACAGCUCUCAACAACAAGUAGGGCUUGGUUGCAUCAACGAGCUGUACAAGAGUGUUAAUAAUUUGGAUGCUAAUGUUUUCAGGAACAAGAUCUGCCAGAAAAUGUUACGUUCUCUGCGCAACCCCUUAGAGAGCUCUUGCCAGAGACUAAAAUUAAAAGUGGAUGAUUCCGAACCCACAAAGUACUUCAUGUGUCAUAACUGUUUAAAAAAAGGAAGUAAUUUGUUGGUGAGUUCGUUUUAUGAUGUAAAGUGCGACUGCGGGUCAUUGAUGAGGAAAGAAAUAGAAAUGCUGGAAGAGCCUGCUGUUGAGGAUGGUGUUUUUGUUAAAGGAAAGGCCAUGUUCUUCAUCUACGAUAACUUGACAGUGCGCCGAAGCUCUCCAAGUGAAUUCAUUAAACCACCCCUCAAACCUCGACACAAAGAACUCAAAAAAUAUGAAGAAGUGCAUCUUGACAGGAAAAAGAUACUUAACAUACUGAAGCAAGCAUUAACCUCCGAAACCCCUCUUAGCGAUGUGUUAUUAGAAAAGAAAUCCAAGCGAUCGGUCUCUUUCUCCAAAGUUAUUGGCUCAAGUGAUUCCAAAGAUUAUUUAGAAAUCAAGGUAAUGGUAAGUAAAUCAGAAAACAAGAUUCGAUUUGUUGAAGCAGAUGGGGAUUUUGUCGAUUUUCUGGCCAGCUUCCUCGCAACACCUCUUGGAUCUAUUAUGAACCUUAAGAAUAAGAAACUGUCCUGUUACCCCAUACCACUUCUUGCAUCUAUUCUGAAGCUUAGGAAUGGCAGAUUGUCCUUAGGAAGCAUUCGUAACUUGUACAAAAGUGUGAAGAAUCUGCAUCCAUCGUGGUUCAUAGAGUCAUCGAAGAAAUCCUUGCUGAAUCAAAAGCUGGCUCUUCAUUUUGGUUGUGAGAAAAAUCCACUAUUAAAUCCAAGUCAAGAUGACACUGCCAAAUAUUGGUAUGGCCUUGGAAAAAUGAAAAAUGAAAACGGUCGUAUCAUCUGUGAAAAGAGAAUGAUUUCAAAGAAACAUGAUAUGCUAGAACAGCCCAAAGAUAUCAAAAUGUUGGACCCAAGAUCUUCCGAUAGAAAAAAGAAAGAUGGUGUGGGAUUUAUGAAAAGGCCUUGUCUAUUUGUUGUGCAGGAUAAUCUGGAAUUGAAAGAGUUGACAAAUAACAGUCUACCAAUUUCAUUUAGUGAUUCGGAUAAUCACCUGUCUACUACUGAUUUGGAGGAACAUCUGUUGAAAAUCAGGAAGACAAAGGCAAUAAACCUGUUGAGGGCUUCUUUGACCUCCGACAAAGGUGCUUUUACUCGGAGCCUAUCCUGCUUAUUGUGGAAGUGGAGACUUCAAAGACUCAUUCCAUUAUGGGGUUGGUGGAGAAACAGGAGAAACAAAAAGCGAGAGAAAAGAAAAAGACGAAAAUUUGAGAAAAAUAUCGAGUUAAAUGAAAAGAAAGAGAAAAAGAAACAAGAAAAAAAUUUGGUAGAAACUAAAAAGGAUCAGAAGGAAGAGAUUAACAAUAAUUCAGUGGAGAAGACAAAGGAAGAAGUCAAACCCUAAAACAACAAUGAUGCAAUAUAUUUUGGUGCAAGAAAUAGUUGUGUUCAAGUGAUUUGAUGAUCAUUUAACAUUUAUUUUCGCUUCAUACUCAAUAGUUCUACAAGUAUAAUUUUAAUCAA